AUGUCCACCCAUCAUGCUUCCCACACUGGGGCGGCCCAUUAUCAAGGCCACCAACCUACGCACCAUUCCUCUCAUUCGACCUCCAGCACCCUACGUGCCCCGACCGCCGGAUACGCCGAUCCAUACGGCCAUUAUCCCACUUACCAGCAUUACGGACACCCUGAAGCGCCCGAUCCAAGGCAUCUACCAGCGGCUGUGCCGCCAGUGAACACCACGUCGCGUCUCUCCGCGCCUCCCCCGCGCAUCUCUGUAGGAAGAGGUGUGCCUUCUAGAAAUGAAAUGCAUUCAUUCGCUCCUUACCCCGCACCCGCUCGUCCGAUACCACCACCUGGUCCUGCAUAUGUGGAGCCUGAGACGCCGGUCAACGAAUCCACCAUCAAGAAAAAGCGAAAGAGGGCCGACGCUGCUCAGCUCAAGGUGUUGAACGACGUCUACCAGCGCACGGCAUUCCCCUCUACGGAGGAACGACAAGAACUGGCCAAGAAGCUGGAUAUGUCCGCGAGAAGUGUACAGAUCUGGUUCCAGAACAAGAGACAGGCGAUGCGCCAGAGCAACCGUCAAGCCAACCCUACCACUACGGCACAUAACGACUUGAGCUCGCAUCCUCUCCCGUCGCAUGGCCCUAUAGACAGUCCUGUAUCCCCUGCGGGAUACGUCGGUUCUCCCACUCCACCGAUGUCCUCUGCCCGAGCUGUCCCAAGCAGCUCCUACAUCUCGCGUUCACCGGAGGGCGUGGCCUUCCAUAGCAUGGGUCGUAGCCCUCAGUCCACACCCGCGCCACGUCGUGUGCACAGUCCAAAUGAGCACGGCGGUGACCCGCGCAAGUGGAACCGUGGAUAUUGA